AUGAGAUUCAUUACUCUAGCUUUCGCUUUCGGUGCCCCACUGGCAUCAGCCUUCAUUGUCCCUGAACCAGAGGACAGCGUCGAAACCCCCGCUGCUUGGCCAUUCGGCGUAGAGCUGGCACUGAACGCAGCAAGUUCUAUCUUCAGCUGCGCGGGCUCCAGUAUGUGUGGCCAUUGGCCAGGCCUCCUUGGUUACUGCGACCAAGCCGUGAACUCGAUGCUCCCAGGUCAAGAAUUCGACACCAGUGGAGGUCGCACGGGUAACUGCUGGGCAGCUCCUUCUGGUCUUGGUUGUGGCGUCUUUGUUGCUGGGCCUUCGGGCUGCUACAGGUCUACUGAGCAGAUCCAGGCGGCGUACCGCAACAUCAGGGCAAAUGGAUGCCAUAUCUGUGGCUGGGUUCAGGAUGAUGAUAAUAGGGGCGAUGCUUGCCAGGUUAAGAUUGAUUAUGUUACGGGCUGUGACAAUCACUGGUAG